AUGGAGCCGCCUCAUGAUCACCACCACCACCCAUGGAGCACCGGCGGCUUCACAACCAAAGAUGACCCCCUUUUUUACUAUGGCUUCCUUAACGACCUUAAUUCCCCUUCUCCCUUUUCCGGCGGAGCACCACCACCUCCGCCGUCGCCCCAGCACUUCUACCACCAGCGUCAUUAUUCUGACGACCAAUCACCACCCCUCUUCGUCCCUCAUCCUCCUCAUGACUACUUCUACGGCCCUAACACUCCUUAUUCUUCUUCCCCUUCUUCUCCUCCUUCUGAUGCUGCUGUUGGGAAACCACCGUCUCCUCCGCCAUCUUCUUCCGCCGGAAUGAAUACCACCGCCACCGGCACCACUAAUGCUGCUGCGAGGCUGUUCUCUUGUCUCUACUGCUCACGGAAAUUCUUCUCUUCUCAGGCUUUGGGUGGCCACCAGAACGCCCACAAGCGUGAGAGAGCCGCCGCCCGGAGAGCCCUCUACCACCAACACCACGAUCCUCUCCCUCAGAUGUUACCCGCUUGCGGCUGCCUCAACGUCAACCUCAUCCACGCCGCCGACUCCCACCACCACCACCACCACCACCCUGCCACCGGAGGAGGAGGAGUUCUGCUGCCGUCAUCGUCGUCUCCAUCACCCGGUGCUAACAACGCUGCUCUGCUGAUGAUGCCGCCGUUCCCGUCACACGGUGGGGCCCCCGAUGGAUUUGCUUUUAUCGGUUGGUAA